AGAUUAGAUAUUGUGAAAGCAACCAGAAAGCUAGGGUGGAGGCCCAACAAAUUGCUUUCUUGUAGAGAGGACCUAGCUACCUUAGUUAAGGGAACCUGCGGGCCUGUCCUUGGGGCACAACACUGAGGAGUCAUCAGACAAAUGGAAAGGCUUCAGGGGUUCUUCCUGAAAUCGCCCCAAGAUUUGUUCUCUCACCAUCCCUACACCAUCUACAAACAAGAAGAGGAGAACCAGGGAAAACAGUUGGAGGAAAAUGAGAUGCAAGAGGAAGAAAGAGAAGACUCAGCUGCUCUCAUCAUGGACAUGGAGCUAAGGACCACAAACCAUCCAGGGAGAAAUUGGGGGAAACAGAGGAGGCAGAAUUUGACCCCCAAGAUAAUCACCUACUUUAUACUCAUCAAUCUCUUAAUCUUUAUUGUUGCCUUUCUCCUGGGCUACAUUGCCUUCCGAGGUUCAUGCCAGUCUUGUAAGGUCUCUGUGUCAGAAGUGAGUGAUGAUUUAGGCUAUGAACUGGCUCCAGAGACCAGUGGCUCUACUCUGUACUGGGCUGACCUUCGGGAGAUGUUCCACAAAUACCUGGAUGAAGAGCAACUGAAAAGCUCUAUCAGGACCAUGAGUCUUCUGGAGCGAUCCUCAGGUUCCCCUGGAAUGACCGCUCUGUCUCACCAGAUCCGAGAUAUGUUCUACCAGCAGAAACUGGACCAUGUCUGGAUGGAUACCCAUUAUGUGGGGCUGCAGUUCCCUGACCCGGCCCAGCCAAACACACUUCAUUGGAUCAAUGGGUCAGGCGAUAUUUUGGGAGAGUUACAGUUGGAGGAUCCAGAUGUCUACUGUCCCUACAGUGCCAAAGGCAGUGCCAUCGGAGGACUCAUCUAUGCCAACUAUGGUCAACUGAAGGACAUGUUAGUUCUCCAAGAAAAGGGUUUAGAUCCCAAGGGGCACCUCCUCCUAGUGCGAAUAGGACACGUGAGCUUUGCUGAGAAGGUGUCAAAUGCUGAGGCCUUUGGGGCUCUGGGUGUCCUCAUCUACCCAGACCCUGCUGACAUCCACCCAGAUCUCCACAAGAAGCUAAGGCUGUCUAACCACACAGCUGUGUAUGGACAUGUUCACCUAGGAACCGGGGACCCCUAUACUCCUGGCUUCCCCUCCUUUAAUCAAACCCAGUUUCCACCUGUGGAAUCCUCUGGCCUCCCUAGUAUCCCAGUCCAACCCAUCAGUGCCAACAUUGCUGCCCAGCUGCUGAGGAAGCUGUCAGGCCCCAAGGCCCCCCCAGAAUGGAAAGGGACUCUCUCUGACACUCCAUACCAGCUGGGCCCUGGGCCAACCCUUCGUCUUGUUGUCAACAACCAUCGGGCCUCAACUCCCAUUAUCAGCAUCUUUGGCUGCAUUGAAGGUCGCUCAGAACCAGAUCACUACAUUGUCAUUGGGGCUCAGAGAGAUGCCUGGGGUCCUGGGGCAGCCAAGUCUGCUGUGGGGACAGCCAUCCUCCUGGAGCUAGUGCGCACCUUCUCUGCCAUGGUGAGGAAUGGUUUUCAACCUCGACGAAGUCUGCUUUUUGUCAGUUGGGAUGCUGGUGACUUUGGGAAUGUGGGAGCCACUGAGUGGCUAGAGGGUUACCUCACCAUGUUGCAUCUCAAAGCUGCUGUCUAUGUGAGCCUGGAUAAUGCUGUCCUUGGGGAUGAUCAAUUCCAUGCAAAAACCAGUCCUCUUCUCACCAGCCUCAUUAAGAGCAUCCUAAAGCAGGUAGAUUCUCCCAACCAUAGUGGUCAAACCCUCUAUGAUCAGGUGGUGGUUCCAGGCCAGAGCUGGGAGGCUGAGGUGAUCCGUCCUCUGCCCAUGGAUAGCAGUGCUUACUCCUUCACUGCCUUUGGAGGGGUCCCUGCUGUUGAAUUCUCAUUCACUGAGGAAAGCCCACCUUACCCCUUCCUGAACACCAAAGAAGACACGUAUGAGAAUCUGCAUGGAGCAUUACAGGGGAGGCUGCCAGCUGUGGCCCGGGCUGUGGUCAUGGUGGUGGGCCAACUACUCAUCCGACUCAGCCAUGACCGCCUGCUACCCUUGGACUUUGGCUGCUAUGGUGACGUCAUCCUGAAGCACAUUGGCAGACUCAAUGAGUUCUCUGGAGAUCUCAAGGCCCGGGGCCUGACCCUUCAGUGGAUCUACUCAGCCAGAGGAGACUACAUUCGGUCAGCUGAAAAACUGCAGAAGGAGAUCUACAGCUCAGAGGAGAGCAAUGAGAGAUUGAUGCGAAUGUACAACGUCCGAAUCAUGAGAGUAGAAUUCUACUUCCUAUCCCAGUAUGUGUCACCAGCAAUCUAUCCAUUCCGCCACAUCUUCCUGGGUCAAGGGAACCACACUCUGAGAGCCCUGCUGGAGCAUCUGCAGCUGCUAAGGGAUGAAGGAGUUGGGGAUAGCUCUAUAAGAAACUCAAGAUCUCAUUUUGAAGAAGGCCGCUUACGCCGCCAGCUGGCUCUACUCACCUGGACCCUGCAGGGAGCAGCCAAUGCCCUCAGUGGAGACGUCUGGAAUAUUGACAACAACUUCUGAUGAUGGAGGAGUCACAGUUCCCAGUCUUGGAUAUUUUCCUUUCUUAGGGUCCACACAUUCUCUAAACUUCUUCCUCUAAAUCCUCAUAGAUAUAGAUUCUUCUCCUUUCUAUUAAAUCUCAGGGUACUGGGGCCCCUUCUUCUCUCAAAGCUGCUGAUCCCAGUUCUUCCUUGCCCUCUUCCCUUUAUGUGGAUGCCAAUGUUUAUAACAUAAAAGGAUGCACUUAUCUUCCUCUCAAUGUGAUCAUACUGUUAGAGAGUAGAAUCUGCUCAAUCAACUUUCCCUUCCCCAAGUCCUUACACUUUUCCCCCAAAAAACAUCAGGGGAAGGAGUUUGGAUUUCUAUAACCCCUCCACCAACCCACCCAAUCCACCCAAAUCUGGACCCUCAACCUUGGAAGUCCGAGUCUGCUAACACUAUUGUGAUGGAAGGAAUCUAGGGAUAGUUCUGCUUUUCCAGAGAAAUCACUUUCUUCAGCUUGUUCAGAGCUCUUUCAAUCAGUCCCAAUCUCCCCCUCUCCCCUAUCACUUCUUGUCCUAGGAGGCAUUUCCACAUAUAACUCAGUGGAUUCCCUCAGCAAUGGAGCAUUCAGAGAAAAAAAUUAUUCUACUGAGAAUCACAUCACUCCGAAACUCGAAGGUGAAGUUGAUUCAGUGUAGAGCAGGGCAACCAGAGAGGCAUCUUUCUUUUCUUUUCUUCUCCCAAUAACCAGUGGGAUUAAAUGUGUGUAUGUUUGAUACAUGUGUAUUGGUGACAAAACAGGCCCUCAAAUAAAAGGCUAUUCUAGCCAAUUCAAUUUCAAUAAAAGUUUAGGAAGCCCUGUGCCUGGGGAUAACAAAAA